CAUGAAUUUAAAAUUAAUCAAACAUGGCCGUGCCGCUGGUGAUUGUAAGAGACGUGCGCACAUGAUAUCUACAGAUUGACAUUUGUACGAAGACAUCCGGACUAACAUGGCGGUGGUUGAUGUUUACAAUCCUGUGCGGGAUUGGAACUAUUUGGCCGCCUAGACAUUAAACGAGCUAGUUACCUGUAAGGCAACCUGAGACAAAGAAAGUAAAGAGAAACUAACCAUCUGUCACUGGAAUUACAACAAUUUCAGUUCUACUUUGCGGAGUAUUUUGGUACCUUGUGACUGCUGGUCAUACACAUAGUGACUGGUGGUUCUACUCUAGUGGUUAAAAACAAUGGCUGCAUCCGUGCAGACAUUAGAUGACUUUUUGCCCAAUAUUGUGACUCAGGACACUAGGAAGAGGAUACAAUCACAUGCUGAACUAGUACCAUAUCUCAGUGACCCGAGAAGUGGGCUUGAUUGUGAGGAUAUUGAUUUGUUGGUGGAUGGUUUAGUGGGAUGGGUGAACUGCAGCAACUACAAGAUCUCCUUGAAUGGCAUGGAGGUGUUGUGUUUAUUGGUGGAUCGAAUGGGAGAAAACUUUCAGCGACAUGUUCCAUCUGUGUUGCCAGCUGUGGUGGAUAGACUUGGGGAUAGUAAAGAUCAGGUGCGAGAGCAGGCCCAGAUUCUGCUGCUGAAGCUGAUGAUGCCAGCCUCGUCUCCCCAGUAUGUGUUUGAACGAAUGAUGAAUGCAUUUGGCCACAAACUGUGGCAUGUUCGUGAAGAGGCUAUGAUCUGCUUACAGAAGACGCUGAACAGAUAUGGUGCUAAGAGUUUGAAGCUAUCAGCUCUUGUCACAGCCAUAUGUAAACUACUGGAAGAUCAGAAUGGCCAGGUGAGAGAGACGGCCGUCAACACUCUAGCUGAGAUUUACAGACAUGUUGGGGAGAAAGUGCGAGCAGAUCUGAGCAAGAAAUCCAUCCCACCACAGAGGAUGACUCAGAUCUUUGCUAAAUUCGAGGAGUUGCGGAAUUCUGGAAGCAUGUUACCUACAGCCGACUUGGUACAACCCAGUAGAAGUGUGAGCAGAGGAGACGAUGACGUAGACUUUGCAAGACCUGCAUCUUCCACACGUGUUGCAACGGCAAAACGGGUGCCCAGCAUGAACGCUGGCAGGAGAAGUGCCCCUUUGGGAGGCAGGAUAGGGCAGUCCUCUCAGGGUUCUGGGGGUGUUGAUGAAGAGUUAUUUAUUAAAUCGUUUGAAGAUGUACCAAAAGUACAGUUGUUCUCUGCAAGGGACCUGCAGGAGUUAAUGAACAAAGUGAAGGAUACUCUACAAGAUACCAAUGUGGAUUGGGAAAAAAGAAUUGACAAUUUGAAGAUUGUGAGGUCGCUCGUGCUCCAAGGAGCAGCUGACUAUGACGACUUCUAUUACCUACUGAGAACCAUGGAACCUGCAUUUAUGAUGGCUGUCAAAGAUUUACGAUCUCAAGUAGUCCGAGAAGCCUGUAUCUCCAUAUCUUACCUUGCUCAGCAGUUGGGCAACAAGUUUGACCAUUUUGCAGAGACGAUAUUGCCAAGUCUGAUAAACCUGAUUCCUAACUCUGCCAAAGUGAUGGCCUCUUCUGGUAUAGUGGCGUUUAGGUUUAUUAUCCAAUAUACACAUAGUUCUCGGUUGAUACCUAUUAUCACAGGAAAUCUCAAUACCAAAUCCAAUGUGAUCCGAAGAUACUGUUUUGAAUUCAUAAAUCACAUUCUACACACUUGGCCUACUCACUUCCUGGAAAAACACAUUGCUCUCCUCCAAGACGCUAUUAAAAGAGGAAUCAGUGAUGCUGAUUCAGAUGCCAGGGCAUUUGCUCGGAAAGCAUUUUGGGGUUUUGCUGACCAUUUCCGGGAUCAGGCGGAUGCCCUGUUGAAUAACCUGGAUCCAGCAAAGAAGAAGAUGCUGGAGGGAGAACUGAGCAACUCCUCAAGUAAUAACUCUCUCAACAGCACAGACAGCUCCAAGCUACCCAAAUCCAAGUCUGGAAGCCGCUCCCGUUCAGCCAGUAUUGAUAGAGCCAAUGAUGUCCUUGACCGUGGUGCUCCAAGAAGGACUGCCAUUCCAAAGACCUCCAGUUCCAAGCUGGCAGACUCAGAUAUGGAUGUGGAAGGUGACCUAUACUUCGCAUCAGAAGUUUCUAAAGGCUCCUCCCUAGGCAGAUCCAACAGUGCCGUUGACCUUGCCCCUGGCUCUGCUAAAAAAUCACGCACCUUCUCCUCAUCCCCGGCAGCCUAUAUGGUGGCCGGCUCCACCCACUCACUACCGAGACCGAAGAGCUCCAAAACAGCUUCAACUAUUUCCAGUUUGGUCUCUCCAGACAGAUCGAGACCUCGCACAAAAAUUGGCAUUUCACAGUCGCAACCCAGCUCCAGGUCGGGUUCCCCGUCUUCUCGCCUCAGUUACAUCACCCACACAACAGGCCGUGUCGACUCUGUCACCCCUCGCAGUGCCAGGAAGUCCGGGAUCCCCCGCAGUCAGGGCACAAGUCGGGAGACCAGCCCCUCACGGCUCACGGGGACACUAGGGAGAGAGAAGCGAACGCCCCGGGGUACCCGUAGCAGGUUGGGGCUGCCCAGGAGUCAGGGGGCUAGUCGAGAAGCUAGCCCCUCCAGAUUAACAGGCACAUGGGGGAGAGAGCGUCGUCUGAGUGGUGGGAACACUAAACUACAGCCUGGAAGAGUCCCACCCCAUAAAGCGGCUGUUGUGGCACACAGAGUACUUAUACCUGGUCAGGACGUGGAGAGGGCCGUGGCUGAUGCUUUAAUUGGUCCCUCUUCACGAAAUCGUCGUUUUGAAAGCUACGACUCUGAUGAUGCGGCCAGUGAUGUGUCCAGUCUGUGCUCGGAGAGAUCUUUCAGCUCGUACAGUAGAACGUCUGAGACGUCCUCUGACCAAGAUAAGUACCACUACGUACCAUCUCCAGCCAAGGACAUGUGUGAAAUCCUGGCAAACCUGACGAGUGGUUCCUACGCUGACAGGAAAGAGGGGUUACUGGCCCUUAGACACUCCCUCAGUACAGGAACAAGAUUUCUCACUCGUGCAGAAACAAAGAAAGUAACUGAAGUUUUUACUCGAAUGUUCCAUGACCCCCAUAGUAAGGUUUUAGGUUUAUUCCUGGAGACACUAGCGGUGUUUGUCAGUGUUCAACGUCUGGAGUUACAGGACUGGUUGUAUGUUCUGCUCACUCGUCUCCUCAACAAAUGUGGUACUGACAUCUUACCAUCUGUACUGGCCAAAGCUAACAAGGCCCUAGAUGCUGUCAGGGACUCCUUCCCAACUGAUGUACAGUUCAACAUACUAACUCGGUUUAUCAUUGACCAGACCCAAACUCCAAAUCUCAAAGCCACAGACCACAUGUUCAAACAGGCAAAGAUAGCGAUGCUGAACUACCUUCAUGGCUUGGUGCAGUGCAUGUCAGCCAGGGACUUUACCAACACCAGUGACACACGGCUGGCCGUCUCACGCAUUAUAACCUGGACAGCUGAACCCAAGAGUGUAGAAGUCAGAAAGGCUGCUCAGGCAGUGUUAAUAGGGAUGUUCAAUCUCAACACUCCUGAAUUUUCCAUGAUGUUGUCAUUACUGCCAAAAACAUUCCAGGAUUCAGCAACGAAAAUUCUCCACAACCAUUUACGAAGUGCUAGUCACGAGUCAGAAGUGCUGUCCCCGCACAAUGUGACCAGCUCCUCAGGCAGGGUCAGACCUCCCUCAAGGUCCAGCAUUGGACGGCGUGAUGAAAUGGAGACUGAGAAUAUGAAUCCUGAGGACAUCUAUGACUCCAUCAGGAAGACUACGGCAGAUAUCCAGAAUCUGAGCUUUGGCAGUAAGCUGGAGCGCUACGACGACACCAAGAAGAAACGAGAGUUCACAUCUCAGGAUAGUGGUAUACAAGAUUUACGCAAUGAUAGCCCGGACACGAAUGAUGCCAGAAAACCUCAUUACAACCCCAGCCAGUAUCAGGAUGAGAAUAACAUGAAUGGUUAUAACAGAUCUGCGCUGGCGGAAGCUGUAUUUGAUAUGGAUAAUGACAUGUUUAAUGAAGCUCCUUGGAAGUCUUUGCUAGGGUUGAAGCCUAAAAAUGGGCUUCCAGAUGAUCAGGGGGAGAUGAUAGCUGAAAUCCUCACUGAACUCUCCAACCACAAUGAAAGGCAUGAGCAGAGGAAAAGUGCGAUGUUAUCAUUGAUAAAGCACACACGUGAAGGGACAUUUGAACUGUGGGAUGAGCAUUUUAAGACAAUCCUCCUAAUAUUGCUUGAAACUCUAGGGGACAAUAAUGGACAUGUGCGGGCGCUGGCGCUCCGUGUCCUGAAAGAAAUACUGCGUCAUCAACCUACACGUUUCAAGGACUAUGCUGAACUGACAAUCCUUCGGAUUCUUGAAGCACACAAAGAUCCAGUGAAGGAGGUGGUCAGAUCAGCAGAGGAGUGUGCAGCCACCCUGGCUAACUCCAUCCCGCCUGACCAGAGUAUACGCAUUCUCAACCCUAUUGUACAGACGGAAUCGUUCCCCGUCAACAUGGCUGCCAUCAAGAUGCAGACUAAGGUAAUUGAACAAUUGACUGCUCACGAGUUGAGGAAUCUGUUACCUGAUAUUGUACCUGGUUUACUAAGGGGUUAUGAUGACCAGGAGAGCUGUGUGAGGAAGGCCUGUGUGUUUGGUCUGGUUGCCAUCCACAUGAUUGACUCGGAUGGACUCAAACCUUACCUGUCAGACUUGACCGGAAGCAAGACAAAGCUGUUAAACUUGUACAUAAAGAGGGCUCAGGCUCAGAAAGAUGGUGCAAAGAUGUCGAGCCAGGAUACAUGACACCCUGGCCAGCUUGAAUAAGUGUCCGUGUCAUAAUGAGGUGGUACCAGGGCGCACCCAGCUGUGGUAUGCUGGUGACGGGGCCGAUGAUGGAGCUAGCCCUGCCUCCGCUGCUAUGUCUAGUCCACUCCUCUGCCUGCCCUACACAAGGACUUCCCCUGCUACAUGAACCGCUAUCUGCAGAGUUACCGAUACAGAAUGGCCCAGAAUCCCUGCACUACUAUUUAACCUACGAUACAUGUAAUCUGUACGUUGUGUUCUUCAAUUGUAUAUAUAUAUAUAGAUAUAUCUACCUAUGGAUAUGUAAAUAGCUGUGCUGUUUGAAUCGCACCUUUGGAUUCUCAAACUGGAAGUGAGGGGUUUCACAACAAAGGGACAUAACUCCUGACAGCACAUCAUUUCGUCCUGCAAUCAUGAUGUUUUUUGGGCAAUUAUGUAUUCGGUAAUUUCUAGAAAUUUUCUAAGUGCAAUGGCCAGUGUUAUGUAACUUUGAAAGGUAUCUGGGCUGACAAUAUUUGCUUCUUUAGUGAUUUCUUGAAACUGUUCCAAAUCUAAUUUAAUAUGCUCAUGAGUGCAAUGUUUCUGCCAGCAGUGUCUAGGAUGUUUAGACAAUUUUGACUGAGGCUGUCAAGAGGUGGUUCGUAUCUUUGGUAAGCAGGGGGCCAGAGAAUGUUCUCCCCUGUUUUACAUUAAUUUGUACUGGUUCAGAGAUAUUUACCUAUGUGUUAACUGUAAAUGUGCCUGAUAGACGUUGUCUUGGAAAGUGUUGGUUUCAUUAUUUUGGUAAAAAUGUAACAACAUUCUCCUGUAUGGUGGGCUGGUUAAGUCUGUGAUGUGAAGGAAACGGGACCCAAGUUUUGAUAAGCUGGCUAUGGAGCAGACCAGACAAGGGAGGCUACUAUUAAUUCCUUAAGCUUUCAACCUUUGCAUUGGGGAAUAUAUAUGGUAUCAGGAAGCCCAGUUUUUUAUGUGACUGAAAUUGUCAUCCACAUUUGAUAAAUUUGUAAGUAUUUGACCACAUCUUAUUAAAUAUGGGAAGUGAUUUCAACCUGAUAAUGUCAGAUAGGACUGAAAAAUGCAGGUGGACUGAAACUAGCAAAUGAUGGCAUAUGAUUGGUGUCUUAUGAAAUAGCCGGCUUCCGUACUACAUGUAACAGUGUGUCCUCGGGUGAUGAAAUCCCCGUUGAAAUCUGUAUCCAGGCUGUUAAAGAGAUCUUUAAACUUCACUUUGAUUGUACUUCACUGAUGGUAGCGUCUCUGUAGUCACUAAAGAAAUAAUGGGUAGAUUAGGUUUCCAAUUCCUGUGGUAUAUGGAGGUGACACCGUAGAUACUUAUGUACUUUUUUUUUUCUAAAGCUGCCAUCCAUAGACAGCCUGGGUUCCUGGGUAUUUUUUAUUUUUUUUUUUACAGCUCUAAGGUAUUAUAUAAGUAAUAAAAUUUCGCUUUUCCUUUGAAUCAAAAGCAGCAUUCCACUUAAUACAAAUAUUGUAACUUACAUUAAAAUCUAAUCCUGUUCAAGGAAUAGAAGAAAUAUUGUUACAGAAAUUUACUGACUCAAUAAGGAGGAUCCCUGAUUUGAAGUUAAUUUUUAUGGGCUUUUGUUUUCUCCUUUUGAUUAAGUUUUACUUAGAGGUUAAAUUUGAGAUGAGAAACAUCCCUGAUUUAAGUUUAUUUUAAUGGGGAUUUUUUUGUUUUCUUUUUUGUCAAAUUUUAAUUUAAUUGUUGAAUUUGAUGAUGAUGUGAUAGAUGGCUCACCUGUGCAGUCUUUUUGAUGAACACUCCUCUAUGCCCCUGUGUGUGUGUAAAGGUGUGAUGUCUUAUGAAGUGGUGUUCCUAUUGCUGGCGUACCUCGUUUCUUUUUCUGUCUUGUGUAUUAGGCGGAUCAGAUGCCUGUUUUUCGGGAUAAUAAUACGCUUCGUAAUCGGACUGACCAACUGGCAUGAACAAAUGUUUCCUUAAAUAGCGGUACUAUCACUAUAGUUCUGCAUUACUGUACUUUUUAUUUCUUGUAUAUUUGAUGUAAUCUACGAUGUUGACUACAUAAAUAUAAUAACAAAUAACAAA